CGCCACACAUCGCAUUCAAGUUCCAUAUAACGAACAAAGCACUCUAGCAAUUCGCUUCGAUCCAAAAAGAUUACGCUGUCAAGAAGGUACUGGAAGUCAUUUGGAAUCAGCAUUCAGCAUAAUCCCAAUCAAAGCCCAUCAAAUUGAAGCAGGCGUCGCCUUCUGCGCCAGUGUGUGUAAAGGCAGCUAAAUUCGAUAAAGAGAGGCCUAUUUAACAUUGUCUCCCACAACGAGUCGCCUCAUUCUCAUUCGUUCGUGCACUCCAAGCAAAACAACUCAAGUGAACAAUUUGUUCUGUGAUUUUGUGUAAAGACUUUCCAACUUUCGACGAACAAAGAUGGUGAAAUUAAUCGCUACCCUGUUCCUGCUGGCCGUGGUGGCCCAGGCCUAUGGAGAUUUCAAGUCCGAGCAGAAAAGCAAAAGUGUGGUGAGAGAGCUAGAGAUUGAGGCCGCAAAGCAAGGGCAAAAAGCGAACUCAAACCGUGGUGAAGGUCAAGAUCAGGGAUGCAAAGGCUCCCUGGAGGUGCCCGAGAUUACCAAGGAUUGGGUUGACAUGAAGGAUGCUUGCAUCAAGGGCAUGCGUCAUCAGAUCCAGGAGGAGAUCAAUGCCUCCUACCAGUACUUGGCCAUGGGCGCCUACUUCUCCCGCGACACUGUGAACCGCCCUGGAUUCGCCGAGCACUUCUUCAAGGCCGCCAAGGAGGAGCGCGAACAUGGCUCCAAGCUGGUUGAGUACCUGUCCAUGCGUGGCCAGCUGACCGAGGGUGUGAGCGAUCUGAUUACUGUGCCGACCGUGGCCAAGCAGGAGUGGACCGAUGGUGCCAGCGCUCUGCAGGAUGCUCUCGAUCUGGAGAUCAAGGUCACCAGGUCCAUCCGCAAGCUGAUCCAGACCUGCGAGGGCAAGAACUAUAACCAUUACCAUCUGGUGGACUACCUUACCGGCGUCUAUCUGGAGGAGCAGCUCCAUGGACAGCGCGAGCUGGCCGGCAAGCUUACCACCCUCAAGAAGAUGCUCACCUCGCACGGCGAGCUCGGCGAGUUCCUGUUCGACAAGAACAUGUAAGAUGGAUCAGGAGGAGUCCAAAGGGAGCAGCCCCAGUCACGCCAGUCGACAUCAAAAUAGUGUUCUGUUAUCUGUUAUCCGAGAGAGCCUUCCCCGAGGGUCCGUCAUUAUAAAUCAUCAUAAACUUUGAAGAAAAACAAUCGCGGUUUCGCACUCUUUGACUGGCCAAUAAAUUAUCCGUUCGAUUGCGAUCCCAACACAAAAAAAAUUAUAGAAAGCACAUUAAAAUUCCACGUCUGUUCUUUAGUAUAUUAA